UACGCAAAACGCGCAACCAAAACAAACAUACGCAAGAAUCGCACCAUAAAUUUUCUCGCUUAUUAGUUAAUAGUUAUCGUCUUCAUUUUCCUUCUCCGAUCUCUCUCCGCCUCUCCGGUCCGCUUCUCCUCCGCCGCUACUUCUGCCGGCUCUCUCUUUCUUUCUGGUUGAUAACGACAAGCAAACCAUAUGAUCAUGACGUGCGAUGUAUUGACUGAGAAUCAGAUCCUGACAUUACAUAUUUACGAAAUUACCCUCACCUCUAACUUCCUCUCCAAUAUGUAACCCUCUUUCUGCAAUUAAUGACCGAGUUCUUUCAAUUCUCAGGACGUGUCGAAGCUUCUUCUGGACACGCCUUCCAACCCAAGCAACCCCUUUAAGCCUCUGCCUCCCCAUUUCUCCAAUCAUCUUCUCUCUUUUCAUUUUCGCCUUUAUAGCUCUUUUUUUUAUUUUUUGAAAAAUUUAUUUUAUAUAAGCUGUUGCUGCCGUUGUUCAUUUGUUCUGCCUGAUUGCCGGUUUUACGCUUUUUGUUUUGAUGUGCGUGUCUCUUCUCUUCAUCUUCUGCCAUUGAUUUUUUUCCAGCUCUUUUUAUGAUAUGAAGUUCGGUGGUGAUUGUUACUCUUCAAUUUUUAUUCUUCUUCUUCAUAUUUUUCUUUCUCUUUCUCUUCCACUUUCAUGGAAUUCCAUUUCUCAAGUGAAUUGCGGUGAUUUUGGAGGUAAUUUUAGGUUCAAGCGUGGCUUAAUCAGUAAUUUUCAUGGGGAAAGGCGAUGAUGCCAAAUUUGUUUUUCCUUUGACAAAUCUCCAAAUUGGAGACUUGCAGUCUUAUCUUUCAGAUCUUAGCGUUUUUGUGGCCCUUGAAAGUAAUAAAUUAUAUAUUCUGGUGGACAAUCGGCCAUGGUUGAGGAAUCUUGGUUCACGGCCAGCACACUUGUGGCAGUUGAUGGUUACCAAGUCCAGGUUAUCUCCCUUUGCAAACACUAAGGCUCAAAGGGGCAGAAAAGAGGGAAACGAGGCUUGUUCUGAUUCCAGUCUUACUAAAUCAAAGAAGAUUGAAAGAUGGUUCAAAUUGAUCGAUGCAUCAACUUUGUCUCAGAGAAGAGGUUUGCUACCCAUGAAGAACUUAAGAAAUUCUUUGUUUCUAAGCAAUGAGUUGCACAGGACCCUCUAUGGUUUUAUUGUGUUUGAAGUUUCAUGGACCAAUGUUCGCGGUAUUAACUACUUGAAUGAGCUUCAGACAGACACAUCUCUGGCUCUUGAGGCUAAGAUUAUGCAGAGAUGGGAAUUUGAUAGCAUUGAGCAAGCUGCAAGUUGUAUAUCUUUGUGGUUCUUGGGAACACCUACCGAGCAGCUACAUUUGAAAGAAUAUCUAGAACCUGGUAAAGGGGAGAUCUUUUAUGAUGCCAAAGAAGAUUUCUCGAGGCCCAUCUCUGUUGAUGAUGAUGACAGUAGCUGUGAUGAUAAUCUGGGAGUUGAGGAUAUUUCUUCAUGCUGCCCAGGUGGCAAUUCUAGUGUACUUCAUGGGACUACAGAAAAUAAAACAAGUGAUCUGCACACUCCUCCUCCUACGGGGCCAUAUAAGAGAAGAAAGGUAACAAUGUCCACUGGUACUGGAGGAGGAGUUGAUUUUCAUUCGGAGGAAGCACAGGGUGGAAUUGAAGACUUGUUAGACAACUCUGAGACCUAUACCAAUGAUUGUGUAAGCACAGUUGAUGCUAAGCAGUACCGAGAUGUUUUGAUUUUGUUUAGGUUCAAUGAUCGUGAUCUUCCUUUUAAACUGAGGGAGAUAGUGAUGUCUGACCUACGGUUACUUACUUUAUUAGAGGCUGGACUUCCAUCGUGGGUUCUAUUUCUUCAGUCAUAUCCUGGGUUUUGCCAUCUUUAUCGCCCCUGGAUGUGCCCUUUGGCUAGAGCUCUAUAUGUUCUGAUCUCAAUUGUUACUGUUCUUAUAGGAUUUUAUGAUUUAUACAAAAAUGUUCCAGUUCUUAAGGCAACCGCAUCUCGUUUAUGUGGACCACUUUUUGAUUGGAUAGAGACCUGGGAGAUGGUGUCAAGGAUCAAGUACUUGGGAACAAUGUUAUUUCUGCAUAACUUUCAGAAGGCUAUUACAUGGGUUUUAAUGGUCACUCGUACCACUCGAUCUUUCUUUUCCAUUUUCACACAACCACUAGUUGAACCACUUAUGGAGUUCUUAGGCUUCCUCCUUCCAAUGUGGAAUGUGCUUGUUGGAGUGGUAGAGAGCUUGUGUUCUAUUAUUUCUGUUGUGACUGGAUCAAUUUGCGACGUAGUCAUAGAUUUAAUACAGCUUACACUGUGGCCUUUAUGGCUUAUCAUAUCAAUGAUCUGGAGCAUCGCAACUACAAUUUUGUAUCCCAUACUUUGGAUCCUUUGGGAGAUACUUUUUGCCCCAAUUAGAAUGGUUCUUGCUGUUGCCAGUUAUGUAGCUCUAAUUUGCGCCUGGAUAUUUGAAUCAAUUGGAGAUAUUUGGAGGUCUAUGAGUGGCAUUUUCCACCUUGCUUCAGCAUCUGAGGCAACGACGAGGACUUCUGAAAUUUCCAUUUGGCGGUCACUUUGGAAUGAUCUUUUCUCUCAGGUUUUUCGUGCACUUAAGAGUAUAUUUUAUGGUUUUGGUGCCUUCUUCGCAGCCUGCAAUAGGCAUCGCCUUAGCAUUUACAAUCACGUGCAGGAUUUCAUCCAAAGAAUAUUUGGUCAAGCCCAGAGAUCGCAGCCAUCAGGUUAUAGACAUAAUAGGCCACCACGUGCACGUGGGACUCAACUCUGGCUGAAAUAAAUAGGAAAAUUCACAUUAUGUGAGAUAUAAUCAAUCAUUUUAAUACUAGAAAGUGGGGUUGGUGCCUUGAACACAGAUCCUGUCGUCGCGAAUAAAAAACCUUGGACGACAAAAAAGAGAGCCUGUUCUGAAGGAGAAAUGGAGGAAUAAGAUUAGUUUUUGGUAAUAAAUAGUGCAGUAGGAACUUCAUUUUUUGGUUCGUGUGUAUGUGUUAGCAUGUUUUUUUGGUUUCCCAUUCUCUAUAAUUUCAAUAUUUUUUUAUAUGAUGUAUGUAAAGGUCAAGUUUCAUAUUGUAAAUAUAAAUGUACAGCCAACUUGUUAUCAAUUUUCUUUUUAAUUUUAUCAGUAAAUUAUGAUUUAAUA